CCAAUUGCACAUUGCAUAAAAAUCCUCCCGACAAAGCGAGAGCUGCGGCUGCGGCUGCGAGGCUUCUUCAUCCCUGUCCCGAUUGGUUCAUCGGCUGAGAUUUUAUCCUCCAGAAAAGGCAAUAUGGAUUAUGAUGUGCUAAAGGAAAUUGAAGGUGGUGAAAAGAGGAGUGGAUCCCCGGUUGUUGCGAAUUCUGCCUCCAAGAAGCACCGGAGUGAGCUUGUUGAAGAGUCCAAUGUAGGGACUGAAGAGCCGACUGCAGAGAUUAUUAAAGAGUCCAUUGCAGAGACUAAGAUCCAUUUCCCAAUGCUUGAAUGCUCGGAGGGUGCCCCGAUUUUUCGAAGUAUAAAUGAAUGGCUUUUAUUGCAGCGAGGUUUUAAGUGGAUUGUUUAUAGAUUGAUGGUACACAAUGAUCAUGAUGAGGAGAAGUUCAGAUCAUCAGUGGAAUCCUUAAAGAAAGAUUAUAAUACGGAGAAGUCAUUGAUAGAGUUUUUUGAGGGUCCACCAAAAUUUGUUAUGGUGGCUAUGGAGGCCAACACUUUGGAGGCUAAGGCAAAGGCUGGCGUUGGCAUUGGUGAAAUUGUUGACCGGUUUUAUGGUGUUUCAGACAUUUAUCAAACUUCAAAUCAAGCCAAGGUCACUGCGCAAUUGCUUCUUUUUGAAUCAGAAGUACAAUAUCUUAUAAACCGCACAAAGAUCCAAAGGCUUGCUCUUGCCCAACAUUGUGCUAUCAAUAUAUACACUUCAGGUUAUCCAUCAUGUUUUCCGCUUCAACGUUUUCCGCUUCAGGGUGUUGAUGAUAUGAUGGUUCAUGUAGAGGGAAAGCCUCUUGAUGUUUGUACGACGCUCGUGGGGAUUUUUUUGUGUGUUAAUGAAGAGUUCCGAUAUGAGAAGAGUGUCAUACAUUCGAUGGGAAUGAAGAUGCGCAAUCUCCCAUCUAGUGGAUUAGCUCGUGAAGUGUAUGUCUAUGGAAGAGAUGCGCCAAAGCUGAUGGUUUCAUUUGACGACAAAAAGAAGAUAUCUGUAGAUGUGUUUGUCUUCGGCAAGCCAAACUGUGUAGUGAAACUUACAAUGGAUCAUGCCGAUCUAUUGACUCGUGAAAGAGGCAAGUUAAUAAAUAGUAUUCGUGCUUCAUUGGCUGCGGGAGUUGAAGUCAGACUAACAGAUUGUGGAAGUGGUUCCAUAGAGCUCAGCAUUGUCGGGGAUUCUGAAAGUGAGGUUCCAGAUGCCGUGAAGAUGAUUGUGGAAAUGCUAAGAGAGCGGGGAGAUGUUGAAGCCUUGAAAUUGCAUGAUGAAAUUGUGAAAAAGGGAGAGUAUAAGUACGACCGUUGGUGUUAUUUAACUGGCGAUUGGUCCACAGAUGCUGAGGGAGAUGAGGACGAUGAGUGUAUGUGGUAAUUAUUUAUAUAUGCAAACAGGAGGGAGAGCACCAGGACUUGUUUAUCUUUG